CCCAAUCGCCCAUCGUCCCUCCGUGUUGCUCGAUGGCGAACAUUAUCACGCUGACCACUGGACGCUAUAAUUGUCGAGUUGGGUAGAGAGAGAGAGAGAGAGAGAUAUAUAUACCGAUUCAUUAUAUACCGAUCGACUGACUGACGAGCCAGUCGGUCUCCUAGUGGCUCCCAUCGUCUCGGUUGCACUCGACGUCUAAAUUAAAUACGCGAUGCUUGUGACUUGUUUUACCACGCUUUUAUUUUACUGACCGCGUUCAUUAACUGUACGGUCGUCGGAUAGUCGAGUCGGUGCGUUGGUUUGUUUGUGUUGACAAUUCGUGACACUUGGUUGUACGUGGUUGACGGAACAAGUUUUACCAAACGAGUUCUAAACAUGAGGAUAUUAUGGCUGGUAUUUCUUCAUAUAGUAGUAGUCCGGGAGGCUCCUACUGUGCACGGAUACGUCGGUGCGUGGCUCGAUCCGUCGACUUCAGCUUCCCCGCCAACGUUCCGGCGUCCCGCCGACGUGCUGACGGACGUUAUCAACGACCUAGGUGUUCAAAUUCUGCAGGAAUACGCAGAGAGCGGAGGAAGCGGAAAUAUUGCUUUUUCUCCCACCGGGAUCGGCUUCGUACUCGCUGUACUUUACGAGGGAUCGGCGGGUCCCGGAAAAGAACAGAUAGCCCGCGUCCUUGGGCUUCCCAGGGACAAAGACGUCACGAGGAUCGGAUUCCGCGAUAUUCAUAGGAGGCUGAGGAGCUAUCUGAGCCCCGACGGUUUUCUCGGAGGGCUGACUUUGAACAGAGAGAAAAUAAAAUUACGCCAUGAGUACGAGGGUGUCCUCAAGUUCUUCGGGUUUGAUAUUCCCUUCGUGGAGGACGGUGCCACCCUCCCAAAUUAUUCGGGGUCUCGGCCUUCCGGCGACUGCGUUCAAGACACGACAGAGUCUCCGCUGACUUCGCAAGCAAUUCCGACCGAAAAAUCCACCACAACGUUGCUCACAGUGACCUCGGACGUCGGCGAUGAACCGUCAAACACAACUCCGAAAACGCAACAAGCGGCUGAAACAUCCACUAUCCCGACCGACCUCGAUACCGAAGUCCCUGCGGGGACGACGAGUGAACCGGAAGAAACUCCUACCGUGACUCCAACGACUCGGAUUAUUUCCAGCUUCGCGACAACCGCUCGAGUACCUGCGACUACGGUGAAUUUCCCGACAACGACCGCAGCAGCAUCCCUGACAUCCGUUGCUGAUAUUUCGACGAUGACAAUGGAAUCCUCUUCGACCACCCCCGUCCCUGAAUCGACCACAUCGUUUCUCUCAUCGGCCGAUUCGACUACCAGGGAGUCUGUCACGGAUGAGCCGUCAGUGGUUGAGAUGAAGGAACCACUUGAGGUGACGCAAGAGAAUCAGUCUUCUCAGGCAACGACUCCGAUAGCGACUUCUUUACCCACGCUUUUUACAACUACGACGUUGAUUUCCUCGUCUGAAGGUACAACGAUCAUGCCCCGUGAUACAGGAGAGUCCUUCUCCUCCUCCUCCUCCUCCGAAGAAGAAGGAACAGCUUCGAGUGUGUUGGUCCAAGAGUCAACUACAAAUCAGGUCGACACGACACCGAUGUCGGAUCUUGAAACCACGACAAUGGUGACCGACGAUCCGAAUUCGAUGUCAAACCGUAUUCAAAUUUCCACCACUUCUCAGUCGGUAACGACUAACAGUCCCGAAAAACGUACUUCUCGAGGAACGGGAAUCAAAGAUUUCGUAGUCAGGUCUGUACGGGAUGCUAGAUCUGAUCUCGACGAGUCGAGUGCAAAGAUAAAUAUUGACGAAAUAAUCCGUGGGGUCAGAAGUCCCACGAGCUACUUUUCCGGCUUCUCGAACGCGCCAGAUUUUCCGAGCUUUUCCGCUUACCCAGACUUUGCAGGACUUCCGGAUGAAGCUCCAUGGACCCGGAAGUUCGGGGAAUGGCGAGUCCAUUCGCCCAACAUUGACGAGUCGUCGCGGGACUCCGCGCAAAUUACUUUCCUGGUAAACGGCAAGGAGCCGACGAUCGUAUCAGCGGCGACGUACACCGUCAUCCUGCCAUUCGCCUUCCUUCCAACCCUGCAGGCACUGGCGUUGGAAUUCCCUCUAGAUGAUCCUAGGUACAAUAUUCUGCUGCUUCUGCCAACGGACAGGGAGGGCACUCGACGACUCGUGGGAGACCUCGGGAACGUGCGGCUCAGGGAACUUAGGAAGGAACUGCAGCCUGCUUGGGUCAGAGCAAUGAUACCAUCUUUUAUGCUGAAGGGUUUCGUAACUCUCACUCCCUUCCUACAGCGGCUCGGCAUCAGGGAUGUAUUCGAGCCGAGGGACGCCAAUUUAUCACCGAUGACGGAGGAGCCCGGAGUAUACGCCAGGGACGUGCAACAAAGCAUCGGCGUUAACAUACGCAAUUACAUGAAGCCGGACAGAACGCACUCAAGUGAGUGGAAUUAUCAGGCCGAUAUCUCACCCCCGGGCCAUCUUCCAAACCCCCAGACCCGGCUACGAGCAUUUCGAACCCGGCGUCUAGAUGCGCCUCCGAGCUGGCGGAACGCUCACCAAUCUUUUCACUCAGGAAACGGUCUCUUCGAGCGUGCUGGGCCAGUGAGCUUUGUGGCGGAACACCCAUUUCUGUUUUUCAUCGUCGACGCCGACACCGGAGUGUCACUAAUCGCUGGGCGUAUAGACGACCCUUUAAAUUCUCGGAUUCGCUAGUGCGGUUUAUCGUAGCUUGUCUUCUCCGACGUUCCCGUGACUCUUCCCCCAUUUCCAUUGGGAGAAAAUUCCAAUGUAUCCGAUAUUCGCCCGAAAAAUAAAGGAGAAUAAUCACGAUCGUGAAUAAUCACCGAACAAUGCAUUCGAAUUUCUAUGUUGUAUCUCAGGAAAAGGUGGGGCAAAACGAACGACUUUUUGUCUGCAUUAGCUAUUGGUCCACGUUCCCCGUAAAAUCGUCCAACGGGUCCGCAAUGCCCCACCUUUCCCUAAACGUCAAGUUCUCACAUCGUCGUUUCUCCGGAGCACAUUAAAAUUCAGGUCUAAGAACGAAAAGAUAUUUAUUUGACAUUGUUUAUGAACAAUAGAUUUAUGUUCUUCGAAAAAUAUUAAAUAUUACGUUGGUAAUUAUCAUUAUUUAAUAAAUCUGUAACUUAUCACUGUAAUUAUUAUAAUAUAUUGCUAUAAUAUAUGCAUACUUCACCUAUA